UUCCCAAGUGCGAGACACCAAGGACUCAUCCUGCUAGUAAACACUAGACUGUGACCGUUAUGGUCCUGCUGGAGUUUCUGGUGACAAAGUGUUGUUCUUGAGUGGUCACAAACGUGCGUUUCCGCCCCAAAAAGAGGAAAAUGCGGCUAAAAAGUUCCCUCUAAGCGGGCAGAAUGCUGGUAAUAUCAGAACAUAGCUACUUAAGUGGGACGGACGGAGGCACGGUCCUUGGGGCCAUCGCGGGCCUCGGCGCCCUCCUCCUCGUGUUUCUGCUCUACAUAAAGAACAAACGAUGGUGGUGGGGUACCGUCGGGGGCAUGGGGUGCUGCGACGAGGCAUGCCCCCCCGUCUCCUCCCGCCCCGUUCCGUCACCGCCAGUGCCUGCAACGUCGUUCACGCCAGCCCCCCUCAAGCACAAGCUAGUCAAAGCCUACUCCUUCGACGGCGGAGACUCCAGUUCCGAGUCGGAAAUGGGCGGUAGCUCCAAGUUCCGACAGGGUACCGCCGCACCGUCGGGCACCACCGGGCCCUAUUAUCCGCCGAGACAAAUCCACGACCUGAUUUCCCUGGUCGAGAAGGGCAGGGUCGGAGUCAGCAGCAACAGCUCGUGCUGCAGCUCCACCACCAGCUCGGUGGGCGAGAAGCACGGAGUGCCAGCGACGAGGGUCGCCGCACAGAUCAACGACAACAACCAAGGCAGGAUCCCGACGGAUUUGCGAGAAACGAAAAUAGACAAUCAGGGAAUUGAUUACCAGAAGACCGAAACCUCGUCGACCAUCGUCCAGACGGACAUCAACAGCAACAGAGACUGCAUUGUCGUGAUGAACACGGACAAUGAAGAACGGAGCGAUCUGAUGUGCUGUAUAAGGUCCGAGCCUGAAACGCAGCUGGUCAACAAAUGUGGUCAACUGGAAAUUGCUCUUUUGUACGACGCACCCAUGCGAAAAAUGACUGUCCACGUUCUUCAGGCAAGAGAUAUUCCCAGUAGGGAUCGCGGUCAACCCACACACACGCAGGUGCGGUUGAUUUUAUUGCCUAGCAAGAAGCAGAAACACAAAACCAAGAUUAGAUCAGGCGAGAAUCCCCAAUACAUGGAAAGCUUCGUCCUCCAUCGGGUGAAUCCAGAGGAUGUGAACUCGAUGGGGAUCCGGCUGCGUCUGUACGGGUGCGAGAGGAUGCGGAGGGAGCGAUUAAUCGGUGAAGCCGUCGUGGGAUUCACACACAUCAACCUCGAGCUGGAGAACAAUUUUUGGCUUAACCUCGAACCGCGGGUAGACACGACGCUGACGGGAUGCGCUGGUGAGCUAACGAGCCUGGCCCGCUCGGACAGCACCGGCUCCACCCACUCCAUGCAGCACGGCGGCGUCCCCGAGCUGCUCCUCGGCUUGUGCUACAACGCCACCACUGGCCGACUCAGCAUAGAGGUGGUCAAAGGGUCGCACUUCCGUAACUUAGCCUUAAACCGAGCACCCGACACCUACGUCAAGCUCAACCUCGUGAGCAGCACGGGCCAGGAGCUGGCUCACAGCAAGACGACGGUGCGAAGAGGACAACCCAAUCCCCUGUUCAAAGAAACCUUCGUGUUUCAAGUGGCGCUAUUUCAGCUGGCUGACGUAACCCUGAUGGUGGCCGUAUACAACCGAAAAGGGGUCACGAAAAAGAAAGAGAUGGUGGGAUGGUUUAGUUUAGGUUUAAAUUCCAGUGGCGCCGAGGAGUUGGCGCACUGGAUGGACAUGAAGGAGGCGCAACAGCAGCAGAUCUGUCGCUGGCAUGUUUUAGUGCAAUCAUAGCCAUUACUUACACAUAUCAUAUAAUUUUUUCGUUUGGUUACUUAGGUGAGCGCGUUGAGCACUUUGGUCUGGAAGUCCAGAUUUGGCAAUAUUUAAGCGAAUCAAAUUAAACACACAAGUUAGUUAAUAGAGAACUGCCAUAGAGUAAAAUUGUUGCCACCAAGAGGGCUGGAGUGGUCGACGUGCCGUUUCAAGUGAAGUUUAUUUACGAAUGUUUAAAUUUGAACUAUUAACAUAUACGCUACUUGUCUAUGCCUUAUUAUUAUAUUAUGUAGUUUAGAAUGGGACGGAUGUGAAGGGCUCGUGACUGAUUAAAAACUGUAACAAAUACAUUCCGUUUACCAUUCCUUUAAGAAAUUUUAUUGUGAUAUUAUAAUCGAAUUUGAACCGAAGAUCAAAAUAUGGUAGAAACAGAAGCCUCACGGCUCGGGAAAUUUUGAAAAAACACUGACGCACUUCUGUAGGGCACAAUCAGCAUCGACUACAGAUUUGCCAAAAAGUGGGUUACAAUGCACAAAUUAAUUAUAAGCUUCAAGGAUGAAACAAGAACUCUAGUAGGGAUGGGUUUUUAGCUUUAUACUAUCGACGUACUUAUUAUAACGCUCACGCUCUUUUCACUAAUUUCCAUUGCUUUACUAAAGCGAUCGAAACUAUUGAAAAGUCGCUGCAAUUUUGUAUUCAACUUUACACAAUUUCCAAAAAUCGAUCAUAAUAAGACAAUUUUUUGGUGUUUUUCCGUCUUAUUACCUUGUGGAGCGAUUUUUGAAAAUUGGAGCUGGGUCACGGUGAAGCGGAUUUUGAGAACUAAAUUUUAUCGACAUGUUAGUUUUUAGGAUAUAACCACAAAAAUGUCAUUGUAGGUUACUUAAAGGUGCGCUGCGCCGUCUACCAUUCAGUACCGACCGAUAUCCCCUAUUGGUCGAACGAGUGACCACGCCCACCGCAACCAUGUUGACUUUAUUAGCGCGCCAGAUACAAAAUGUGUUUAGUGCCCUCGAAAAUUCAACAUCGGUCGGAAUCAGUGGCAGACGGCGCGCAUUUCUCCAAAGUACAAACUCAUCUAAAAUAAUGCAUUAGGGAUUAAAGGCACUCCGCGUGCCUCUCUUGCAUAAUCUCCUGUGCACUAGUUUAUGAGCAUUCUGUACAUGUAUAAAUUUUAUACUGUCUGUAAAAUAAAAUGUCAAUUUAAUGUGUUCAUAAAACUAAAAACCUUUUAUGAAUGUAAAAUUGGCCGUGAUUUAUGUGAUUGUACAUUAAAGUCGGGGUGGUACUGCUUAUACUUAUGAUAAUCGUUAAGUGUUUUUAAGUAAUGUGCAGUUGAAGGCACGGUGAGACUGAUUACCACUCUGAAACACCCUUUACAUUUGAAGCCAUAUUUCGUUUGAGAGUGGUCAACAGUAGGAAAACGAAUUCCUGUGAAACACGGAAGGACCAUGUAAAUAUUAAGAACUCGCGUAAAGCUGCUCGAUCAGCUUUUAUGUAGGAUUUGGACCCCAUCCCUACGAAACAACUGUAAAAAUUAUUGCCUUCAAUUCUUACUGAGUUAACAAUAGACGUACAACUUAGAACUAAACAUUUUGUACCUUUUCCAAAUUUGAUUGUUAAUCAACAGUAUUAUGCAUGAAUGAUAUAUUCGCACUGCUGAACACAAAAUGCACACUACAUCGGUGUCUUUUUAAUAAUUAUUGUAUUCUACAUAUUUUGUACAAAAUAAACUUAUUUAUGUCGAA